AGCUACGGUAGGGUUUGAUGGGCUAGCGCAGAAUUCGUCAGGACCCUGCAGGUCCCCGUCAAUACACAGAUCCAACCGAAUGCUUCGUCAAGACCAGCCAUCACUAUGCCUUCAUUCAUCGCUAACGAUGGUGUGAACUUGCAUUACGAAACACACGGCUCGAGGGACAACUUCCCCUUGAUCCUGUUGCACGGCUUCACAGGCUCUGGUGAGGUCUUCAAACGUAACGUGGAUGCACUGUCCAAGAACUACUACCUCGUCGUCCCAGAUCUGCGCGGACAUGGUAGUUCGGACAAGCCCAAAUCUGGAUAUCACGUUGCACGAUUAGCCUUAGACUUGGAGAACCUGCUCGAUCACUUACAAUUCAUCAAAUCUGGCCGAGGCAAGAUAGCAGCGAUUGGCACGAGCUUAGGGGCAGCUAUUCUUUGGAGCUAUAGCGAACUUUUCGGCACCAGCGUCUUCAGCCAUGUCGUAUUUGUUGACCAGGCCCCUCUCCAAAACUAUCUGUCUGACUGGGGUCCUGAGUAUGGGAACCGCGGCUGCAAUUCACCAGAAGCAUUGGCGCAGAUGCAGCACACACUCGAGAAUGAUCCGGAGACUGCUCAUCGUGGCACAAUUGCCGCAUGCUUGGGCUAUCGGUCUCAUCCGAGACAUGCUGACCCUGUAGAAGGGUCGAAAGAGUGGCAAGAUACGGAGGCGUUCUUCUUGGGCGAGGCGAUGAAGGGAGACGGGUGGUGGUACGGCAAGUUGAUGGCCGACCACACGGCAAAUGACUGGCGGUACUCUAUUGCGCAGAACUUUGGACCGGAGAGUCCAAGUAAAACUAAGGUCCUUGUUGUUGCGAGCUCUCGGAGUGGGUGUUUUCCCGCUGCCGGCCCGCUCAAGGUCGUCGAGCUGGUAAAUGGUGAACGCAAAGACGGUCUUGCGAAGGGUGUGGACGUGGAAUGGGGUGGGCAUUGGUGUUACUGGGAGAAACCCGACAUGUUCAACGAGCUGGUCAUUGAGUUCCUGGAGAACCAUAGAGGAACAACCUACACGCGUUAGAGUCUCCAACUUCGGC